UUUUUUUUUUCCAGAGUUAUUUGUCUUUUUGUUUGUUUGUCGACAAAACUGAAGAGGAAUUUUUUUACGUUUCAUUUGGUUUGGCUUUUGGAGUUCAGUGCAACAAGGAAUGUUAGCCACGUGUAAGACCCAUCACAUGAAAAAUAUUAAAAUAAUAAUUUAAAUAUUGAUCUACAAUGAGUACCAGUACUCUCCCACAGAGGACGAUGGACCCAACUAUCCCUGUCAUAAUGUUCAUAUUCGGGGUGGUUGGUAAUGUCAUUGCUAUCGUUGUACUUUGCAAAUCAAGAAGGGAACAGAAGGAAACAACUUUUUACACGCUGGUUUGCGGACUAGCAGUGACGGACCUUUUGGGAACUCUGCUUGUAAGCCCCGUCACUAUUGCCACCUAUGUGAAAGGAUCGUGGCCAGGUGGGGACCCGCUGUGCCAGUAUUCCGGAUUCAUCCUUCUGUUCUUUUCCUUAGCUGGCCUCAGUAUAAUAUGUGCUAUGUCAGUCGAGAGGUAUAUGGCUAUUAAUCAUGCUUAUUUCUACAACCGUUAUGUCGACCAGAAAAUUGCUGGCUUAACUCUUUUUGCUAUUUAUAUUUCAAACGUCCUUUUCUGUGCCUUGCCUAGUAUGGGUCUGGGUGAGGUGACGAAGCAGUACCCUAAAACCUGGUGCUUCAUUGACUGGAGAAGUAACGUGACCAAGCAUGCAGCGUUUUCGUACAUGUACGCGGGAUUGAGUUCUUUUCUCAUCCUGUCAACGGUUAUUUGUAACGUGCUGGUGUGCGGUGCUUUGAUCAGAAUGCACCGACGAUUUAUGCGCAGGACGUCGCUUGGCACAGAUCAAGGAAGGAUUACUGACCUCAGAAGAAGACGAAGUUUUAGACGUAUGGCCGGUGCAGAAAUUCAGAUGGUCAUUUUGCUCAUAGCUACAUCCGCGGUGGUCCUCAUCUGUUCAAUUCCACUCGUGGUGCAGGUGUUUGUCAACCAGUUAUACAGGAUCCCUGUGGAGGAGAGGAUAGAAAAGAACCCUGACCUCAAAGCAAUCCGAAUUGCCUCAGUCAACCCCAUCCUGGACCCCUGGAUUUACAUACUGCUGCGGAAGACCGUGCUUCUGAAGCUUGUUGAGAGGGUCAAAUGUCUCUUCUGCAAGAUAGGGGCCGGGAGGCAGCAGAGUCCAGAGAACUUCGUAGACGAGCAACAGUGUUCCUCUGUAGUCUCCCAUGACUCACCCUCCCUCAUGUCCUGGGAACUGAGAAAGGUCACCAGCACCUCACAGACAUUCCUUUACCUGCCCGAAAAAAGCGAGGGCCUCACAGGUGAUCAUCGCUUAGGGCAGGGAAGAUCAGGCUCUUCUACAGAUCGUUCCUCUUUGAAGGAGUUCAGAGGGUCUGAUUCCUCGAAUGAGCACAGCUCAGACUGCAUGAUUUCAGUAGGAUCAAGUGUUAGCACGAGCAAUCUGAGCAGGGCCUCAUUAUACCCAAAAGAUCAGUCUCUCAAUGUAACCUUUAGAGACAUGCCUAUAGAUCCUUUAAGGUCUACACGUGGUUGAGACAAAGGACUUCCUGGCAGCUCCAGGAGAAGAGGCACUGAGAGUCCCUUGGCAUCACACAGUGUAAUAAAUAUUGAAGAGUUCCUGAGCCAUUGUGAAAAAGGCUAAAAUGUGAAUUGAAAUUUGUCUUCAGUGUUUAUUGAGAAAAAAAAAUUGUACUCUGCUUUGGAAUUCAGUCUCCAUGCUCAGUUUGUUACA